CUCAUGUAAGUUUUAAAACUGUGGAGUACUUAGUUGUGAAAUUUAUACAUAAGAAAAAUUAUUAAAAUUAAAAAUUAAAAAAAUGCUGUCCUUACUUGAACUAAAUAAUAAAAUUAUUUUAAUUUGUAUGAUUUUUAAUUUAAUUGUUAAAGGAAAUGUUAUUAGUCUAACAUUUGAUUCAGAAAAUGGUAAGUUAAUUGAAUUAAGCGACAAUGAAAUAGAAGUUUAUGAACCAAUUAUAUCAAAAUAUGAAAAUAAUUCAUUUGAGAAUAAUGAUGAUGAAGAUCAAGAAAAAAUCUCUAGUAAAAAAAAUAUUCAACACAAAAUUCGCUACACUUUAGGACAUCGUUUUUUUCAUCAUGACAAGUUGCUUGCUGAAUCAUCCAACAAUUUUCAUUAUAACGGUUUAAGAAAUAUUAUCUUAAAGUUUUGUUAUCCAAAAUUCGGUUUUGGCUCUAUAUUAACAAGUGUUGUAGGUGUUGUUGAUCAACUAUCAGAUAUUGGACAUGCUUUCAUUAUAUCAGGUGGCAUAGGUCAUAGAAACAUAUGUGUUGGUCUUGUUGCUAAUGCAACUACGUAUUUAAAUUAUAAAGUGUCAUUCUAUGGUCUUUAUAAUUUAUAAACGUAUACAUAUAUGUAUAUAGUAUAAAAUAAAAUAUUUGUUUUAACGCUACAUAAAAUCGAAACGAAUUGGUUUAAGUGAAGCAAUAUAAAACUACACAUAUGUAUUGUACUUUUUCCCAAAAUUUUACAAAUAAUUUAUUAAGGUGCAUUAUGAUAAACUUGU